UUUAGUAGAUACAUAUCGUGCCUUACGGCUAAACCCACUAGUGUACCAGAGCGGAGUCAAUUAUAACGAAUCCCGGUAUUGACCGUAUUGUACCAUCCCCAUGCAAGUAGGCAACCACAGGGCGGUAGGCGCCUACAGGUAUCCCGUCGCCGAACAUGCAAAUAUAAUGCACCAUCGUCGUCUGCGCGUACCACCGUCUGCCCUGCCCUGCGAUCCAAGAUGGCAUCAAAAGAAGCCACCGUAUACAUUGUCGAUGUCGGUCAGACAAUGGGCGAAAAGAGCCGCCAUGACCGGACACGAUCCAACCUGGACUGGGCCUUGGAUUAUUUCUGGGACAAGCUCACCACCACCAUCGCCAGCGGUCGGAAGACAGCCAUGGCCGGCGUGAUUGGCCUCCGUACAGAUGAAAGCAACAAUGAAUGGGCCGACGACGACAACUACCGGAAUGUCAGUGUCCUGCACGACAUCAGCCAAGUCCUAAUGCCGGAUGUCCGACGACUUCGGGAUAAGUUGCACGUCAGUCGCACCACAAAGGGAGACGCCAUCGACGCGCUGGUCAUCGCUGUGCAGAAGCUGCACGAGACAUGUAAGAAACUGCAAUAUGUGCGCACCAUCAUUCUCAUCACCGACGGGCGCGGGAGAAUGGAAAUCGACAUGUUGCCAGAGAUCAAGAAGAAGAUUGUCGAAGACGGAAUCCACCUGAUUGUGCUAGGAGUCGACUUUGACGAUCCAGAUUACCAUCAUUUCAAGGAAGAAGACAAGGACCCGAUCAAGGCCGAGAACGAAGUCCUCUUACGCACAUUAUGCGAAGACUGCAAUGGCACCUUUGGCACCAUGUUACAAGCCCAUGACGAGCUGCAAAUGCCUCGAAUCAAGUCUGUCCGGCCCACAGCGGGCUAUCGUGGUUUCCUGACGUUGGGAAACCCCGAACUGUACGAUGACGCUUUCACGAUCAGCGUGGAACGAUAUCCCAAGAUCAUGAAAGCGACAGUUCCAAGCUCGAGCGCGUUUGUCGUUCGACAUGGUGGUGCCAGUAGUCAAAAUUUCACACAGCCGCAAAACGACGACAGUAAUAAUAAUAAUAAUAAUACCAACAGUCUUUCAGCAGUACGCAUGGCACGAACAUAUCAAGUCCACGACGAAAACGCGCCCGGUGGCAAAAAAGACGUUGGACGAGAUGAACUGGCGCAAGGAUACGAAUAUGGCAGAACAGCCGUCCACAUCUCCGAAAGCGAUCGUAAUGUCACUGCAUUCGAGACACUACCUGGUUUGGACGUGGUGGGGUUCGUGCACAAGGAUCACUAUCGACAGUAUCUCGACCUCUCGCGCGCGUACAUGACCGUGUCCAAGAAAGCGGACGAGAAGGCAUCGAUGGCGCUGUCGUCGUUAAUCCGCGCACUGUACGAACUGGAUUCGUAUGCCAUUGCACGUUUUGUAGCAAAGGAAAAUAGCAAUCCGAAACUCUUGCUGCUGGUACCGAAUAUCGAGCCAGAUUUUGAGUGUCUAUAUGAUGUCGAGCUGCCCUUUGCAGAAGACGUGAGAAAUUACAAGUUCCCUCCUUUGGAUCGGGUACUCACAGUGUCGGGAAAGUCGUUGAAGGUGCACCGCCAUCUGCCCAAUGACGAUCUGAUGUCGGCCAUGAGCGACUACGUCGACGCUAUGGAUCUGUCCCACGCUACCACCAACGACGAAGGAGAGAGCAUCGAGUAUGGCGCUCUCGACGAUACGUACGCCCCGAAGUUGCAUCGCUUACAGCAUGUUAUCCGGCAUCGUGCGAUCUUUCCCGAAGCGGAUCCGCCCGAAGCUCGACCCAUCAUUCACAAGUAUUCUCACCCUCCUGAAGAUCUCGCGGAAAAGGCAAAGCCUGCUCUGGAGCGGGUCAUCAAAGCGGGAGAGGUGAAGAAGGUACCUCCCAAGGCUCGCGGCAAGCGAUGGAAUCGCAAGGAAACAUCCAAGCCGCUAUCUGAUCUCGAUGUUGCAGCCCUCCUUGCCCACGACCCCGCCAGGAAGGGCAAGAGAAUAGAUCCCAAGAAUGCAAUUCCAGAGUUCAAGCAAAUGGUCGAAGCAGCAGAUGGCCUUGAACAGAUCGAGGACGCGUGUAAGCAACUCAAAUUUGUGAUUUUCGACUGGAUUAAGCAUUCUGUGGGCGGAUCGGCGUAUGGGAGUGCGAUCGAAGGAGUCCGCGUGAUGAGAGAGACGUGCGAGGAGUAUGAGCACCCAAUGCCUUACCACGCAUUCCUGACCGAACUCAAGCAAAAGGUGCUCGGUGGCGAGCUGGGUGGUGAUCGGAAGGAAAUGUGGUAUACCGUUCGUGUGAACAAGAUGCGGCCCAUCUUGAAGACCGAAUGCGCAGGGAGCGACUAUACCGAGGAGAUGUCCAAGAAGCUGAUGUCGCCACAUCUUUGAAGGGGGCUCUGUUUCGCAGGGUGCCGGGAACAUCGGGAAGCGAGAUUAUAGCAACUUGGGCAAAGUGAAGCAUGCCUUUUCAGAUGCCAUGUGUGGGAGCCGUGCUUCAGGAGGAGAAGAAACCCGUGCGUGCCGGCGCGGACCAAGGUUCCGCAGAAGAGAACGUUGUUCGACUUGAACAGCAAGUUCCGAAUGAAAUGUCGCAUGAUCUGAAUGUGUAGAUGCUGCAAACCUAGGUCCAUUUGUGAUACUGGGCCGAAGGGACCCUCCGUCACUGAAGACACCCACUUCGAGGAUGUCACAAUCGAGAGCGAUGGCAUGAAGUUCAACCAUUACACGUGAUGAGUCCCCAGAUAGAGUUGAGGCGAUCCCUUGAGGCUGCCCUGAAGACCUCCUUCAUUCGCAGCCAUCCCUCAUGGCAGUCACAUGUUGAGAUGUCGCAGUCUGAGCUGCUCUAUGAUGCCGCCCCGUACGAUUUGUCGAACGUUCAAGGGGCCACCCAGCCUGAGCCCGUGCAUGAAUCUAGACUGGCAACGGCCGCGUCGAUCCUGUCUAGCAUCCAACCAGAUGUAAAUCCCGGUUUAUACUGACCUAAUCGCAGCCCUUUCCCAAUUGUACAACCUUCUGGGCCCACAGUGUAGGUUAGGCAAUC